AUGGCAAUUCCAAAACUUGUUGAAGGUACUCAGUUGCAAGUUGGUAAACAUACGGUUACUAUAACUAAAUAUUUAUCAGAAGGUGGAUUCGCUCAGAUAUACCAAGUUUUAUUAAAUAAUGAACCUGCUUGUUUAAAAAGAGUUAUUGUUCCCGAUAAGAAUGGUUUAAUUCAAUUAAGAAAAGAAGUAGAUGUAAUGAAAACAUUAAGAAAGGGGAGAAAUAUAGUUAGCUAUAUUGACUCACAUGCUGAAAAAUUAGAAAAUGGUUCAUAUCAAGUAUUAGUGUUAAUGGAAUUAUGUCCAAAUGGUUCAUUAUUAGAUUAUAUGAAUUUAAAAAUGAAGACAAAAUUGACAGAGACUGAAAUAUUGAAAAUCAUGUUAGAUAUAUCUUUGGGAAUAUAUGAAAUGCAUAAACUAAAAUUAAUCCAUCGUGAUAUCAAAAUUGAAAAUGUUUUAAUUGAUUCAGAUCAUAAUUUUAAAUUAUGUGAUUUUGGUUCAACAACUGGAAUUAUAUAUCCCCCACAAGAUCAUAAUCAAUUUGCUCAAUUAACUAACGAUAUUUUAUAUCAAACUACUCCACAAUAUAGAAGUCCCGAAAUGGUUGAUUUAUAUAAGGGUUAUCCGAUUGAUGAAAAAGCUGAUAUUUGGGCCCUUGGUUGUUUUUUAUAUAAAUUAUGUUAUUAUAUUACUCCAUUUGAAACUCAAGGUGAUAUUGCCAUUUUACAUGCUAGUUUUCAAUUUCCAACACUCCCCAAUUUUUCAGGUGAUUUGAAAAAUUUGAUAAUCAUAAUGUUACAAGAUAAUCCAUUAUAUAGACCAAACAUAAUUCAAGUAAUUAUGUUAGUUUCAAAAUUAAUGAAUAUAGAGUAUGGAGGUUUGAAGAUUUUAGAUUUUUAUAAAACUGGUGCAUAUAAUUUUCAAUCAUUACAUGAGUAUCAAGUACAGAAACAAAAUGAGACUAUUAGACAAAAACAAAAGUAUAUGCAACAAAUGAAUCAUAAAGUAGAAGAAGAACCUGAAAAUGAGACCGAAAAUGAAUCAUUAUCUGGUUUUAGUCUGGACAAUGACGUUUCAUAUACUGAAAAAAUUGAAGAUGCAGAGCAGAGAUAUCCAUCAUUGGAAAAUAUUAAUAAGUUAGAUGUUUCAAGGAACUCAAGUAUGAAAUUAGAAAAUUCUAGUAUGAAAGUGGAUGUUUCCAGAAAUUCAAGUGUUAAAUCAAAAGAACCAAAUGAUGAUACAAAGAAAUUAGCAGAUGAUAUUUUUAAUGAUGGAUUAGUUGAAGAUGUCGAUAAAUUAAAUAUAUCACCAAAUUAUUAUAUAGAGCCAAUUAAUGAAGAGAAAGUUUUGAAUAAUCAAGAUUUUAUAAAAUCUGAAAGGAAUUUACAAGAGAAGUAUCCUGAAAUAGCACCUAAAUUUGAAGAUUUUCAAAAUCUGUAUCCUAAAACUGAAAGUAAUUUACAAGAGAAGUACCCUGAAAUUAAGUAUCCUGAUAGAAAUAUAGAAACUCAAUUUAGUUCUGAUAGAAAACAAGAAAUUUAUAAACCAGAAAUGCAAUAUAAACCGGAUACACAAUAUAAACCAGAUUUCAAACAGGAACCCCAAUAUAAAACAGAGUCUCAUUACAAAACAGAAGCUCAAUAUAAACCAGAAUUCAAAGCAGAAAGUCAAUAUAAACCAGAAUAUAAACCAGACCUGCAAUAUAACAAACCAGAUUUUAUACCACCUACAGUUAAAGAAAAUUUUACCGAACCAAAAAACCAUAAUCCGUGGGGAGAAUAUAAAAAUGAAACAAAUUUAAUAGAUUUAGAUACAUCAAGUACGAAACCAACAAAAUUAGAAAAACCAGGUUUUAAGAAAAGAUUAUCAUCACAAAAUCAUAUUCCAAUAAAUUUACAAGAAGAAGUCAUUGAUUUUGCAAGUGAUGAUGAAAAUAAUAAUAGUGAUAUGAAUAGAAUUAAAAUUAGAAAUUCAUUAAAGAAACCACCAAAAUCUAAUAGAAAAUCAUCAGAUCAUAAUAGAAGUGAAAGUUCAGAAUCAAAAAAGAGACUUUCAUUCUUGGGAUAG